GGCAUAGCAUUGUGGCCAAGUUUACCAUCAUAAUUUUCUCUCCAGUUGUAAAUUGUAUUACCCUUUCUCGCCUAAAAUGGUAGCUAUCUCCAAAGUCCUGGAGUCCAACCUCCUUGCCCGCUCAACCCUCCCCAGCGGGCUCGUCGCUGUAUUCGCAGGCGCCACGGCUGGAAUCGGCGAGAUGGCCCUCAAAGCAUUCACCAAACACACGCUGCAGCCAAGAAUAUACUUUAUCGGUCGCUCACAAGAGGCUGGUGAUCGGCUACAGCAGGAGCUGAAAACGCUGAAUUCUGAGGGGACGUACAACUUCAUCAAGACGGAUCUGAGCUUGAUGAAGAACGUGGAUGAAGUGUGUAGAGAUAUCAAGAGCAAGGAGAAGGCAAUCAAUGUGCUCUUCAUGAGCCAAGGAACACUGAAGUUUGGCAUUAACACCGCUGAAGGCUUGCCCUUGACCACCGCAGUGACUCUAUACUCUCGAACACGCCUCACUGUCAAUCUACUUCCCAAUCUCCGACAGGCAUCCUCCGUCCGCCGCGUCGUCACUGUCAUGGCCGGUACCAAAGAAGGCCCCAUUUACGCUGACGAUAUUCCCGGGCGAAAAGUCCCCAUUCGAGGCGCUCGCGGUCAUCUUUGCACCGCUCUCACGUUGUCCCUCGAGGCGCUGUCUUCCAAAGCCCCCGAAGUAUCCUUCAUCCACAACUUCCCCGGCGCAGUGGACACAAACCUCAUCCGCAGUGGAGAUGGAAUGAUCUUGCAGGUUGCUAAGUAUUGGUUCAAGUUGUCAAUGGUGGUGAGAAAGAGCUGGGUGCCCGCAGAGGAGUGCGGCGAGAGGCAUGCCUGGCUGUGUCUAAGUGGGAGAUAUCCCGCCAAGGAAGCCGGAGAGGGUGUUAAUGGGGUAGCAUCUGAGACGAUUGCGAUGGGUUCGGACGGGAAGAGUGGAAGUGGUGUGUACAGCCUUGACUGGGAUGGCGAGAGUGCAUCGGAAACUGUCGUGAAGUUCCUCGACAGGUAUCGGGCUGAAGGAAUGGGAGACAGGGUCUGGGAUCACCUGGAGGGCGAGUUUAAGAGAAUUAUGGGAACGACGUCCAUUUAAGGCAGCUUUGGAGAUUUUGGGAGAUAAACUACUAUACAA